AUGUCUCUCUACUGCGGCGACAACUUCGGCGGCGUGUACUCGCAGCCCGGCCUGGCCCCCGCCGCCGCCGCGGGCGCCCCCCCGGCCGCCAGGGCGCCCUACGGGCUGGCCGACUACGCCGCGCCCGCCGCCGCCAACCCGUACCUGUGGCUCAACGGCCCGAACGCGGGCGCCGCCCCGGGCGCCUCGGCAGCCGCCUACCUGGGCGCCCCGCCGCCGCCCCGGGGCGCCGCCGGGCCCUUCCUGCAGCCGCCGCCCGCCGCCGGCACCUUCGCCUGCGCUCAGCGGCCCCUGGCGCCCGCCGCGCCCGCCGCGCCCUCGGGGCCCGCGGCACCCUGCGACCUGGGCUGGCUGUCCGUGGCCAGCCGCGAGGACCUGAUGAAGAUGGUGCGGCCGCCCUACUCCUACUCGGCGCUCAUCGCCAUGGCCAUUCAGAGCGCGCCCGAGCGCAAGCUCACGCUCAGCCACAUCUACCAGUUCGUGGCCGACAGCUUCCCCUUCUACCAGCGCAGCAAGGCGGGCUGGCAGAACUCCAUUCGCCACAACCUGUCGCUCAACGACUGCUUCAAGAAGGUGCCCCGCGACGAGGAUGACCCAGGGAAAGGUAAUUACUGGACUCUAGAUCCAAACUGUGAGAAAAUGUUUGAUAACGGGAACUUCCGCCGAAAGCGAAAGCGCCGCUCUGAGGCCAGCAGCAGCUCCACGGUGGCUGUAGGGACAUCAAAAUCAGAAGAGGGUCUGUCCUCAGGAUUAGGGGCUGGAGCGGGUGGGAAGCCGGAAGAAGACAGCCCCUCUGCUCUGCUAAGGCCUUCCCAGUCUCCAGAGCCUCCUGAGGGCACCAAGAGCGUCUCCUCCCCUGGAGGAGCUGGGCUCACCUCCACCCCUUGCCUCAGCACCUUCUUCAGCAGCCUCAGCACCUUAAGUGCCAGCAGCAGUGGGAGUGCCCAGCGAGCUGUGGCUGGCGGCCACCCCCUAGGAAUCCAGGGAGCCCACCUGCCCUCCAGCAGCACGUUUCCCGCCAGCUCCGUCUCGGAAGCCUCAGACAACCUGCAGCUGAGCACCAGCACCAGCAAUGGCAGCAGCCAGAGAUCUUCCUACUAUAGCCCUUUCCCUGCCAGCACUGGUGCGGGGCAGAGCAGUCCCUUCAGCCCGCCUUUCUACAACUUCAGCAUGGUCAACAGCCUCAUCUACUCGCGGGAGGGCUCUGAGGUAUAG